AUGAUUAACUACAUAGUCGUUCCAAUCACAUGGUAUAAAAGCUCGUUCCUUACCAACCCGAUGCAUCAGAAUCCUUUCAACUUUACUCAUCAGUGCAACAGUACAAAAAUAAUGAAGUCACUUGUUUGUUUGGCUUUUGUAGUGAGCAUCCUAGCUGUCGUUAGUUGUGCUCCGUCGUAUGGUUUCGGCGGUUCCGGAUCGGCUGCCAACGCUGGUGCCCAAUCGUUUAAUCAUAACAUGGUUGGAGGACAUGGCCACGGUCACGGCCAAGGUCACGGACACUUCGGUGGUGGCGGAAUGUCCGGUUCAGCGGCCAGUGCUGGAUCACAGUCGUUUACUCAAGGGGGCUUCGGGCCCCACGGUGGGCAUGGUGGUGGUGCAAUGAGCGGAUCGGCGGCACAUGCUGACUCACAUAGUUUCAGCCAUGGAGGAGGUGGCUUUGGACCGGGAUCCGGAAGCAUGAGUGGAUCGGCGGCCAACGCGGGAUCACACACGUUUAGCGGGUAA